AGGUUGGUUACGCGAUGGCGGCUCCCUCAAUAAUAUCGGGAUUUUAAAGCGAAAACAAAGGCUUCCCCGCUCGGAGAGGCGCCUUGUUGUCUUGAGUAGCAACCGGAAUGCUUGCGGUGUCGGUUUGACUCGUAAGUGUUGCUCUAACAGCGGGUCGGAGGCGUUCCUGUCUCUGUUAGGGACUCAGUGUUUUUCUGGUUCGUCUCCCGGGCCUGCCUGCUGCUGCCUACACUGUAGCGGCGGGCUGCUACUCUCGGCUGUAGGAUGGAUCCAGACGGUGGGGCAGAUUCACAAAAAGCUGUCAGUUUGCAGUGGAAGAGCUACAAACUCGUCCAGGACCCGGCCAUCAGACGGGUCACUCAGAAAAUCUACAGAUAUGAUGGAAUACAUUUCAGUGUGCCAGACUCUGGAUUUCCUCCUGUGGGUGAACUGCGGGACCCUCGACCCCGGAGACUGUGGUCCAGGUACACAGAACUCUCCUUGCCAGUGCCGAAGUUUAAGCUCGAUGAGUUCUACGUGGGUCCAAUACCCCUCAAGGAGGUGACCUUUGCUCGACUCAAUGAUAACAUCAAGCAGCCCUUCUUGGCGGAAAUGUGCGCCAAGUUUGGAGAGGUGGAGGAGAUGGAGAUCCUGUUUCACCCAAAGACCAGGAAACACUUGGGCCUGGCCAGAGUGUUGUUCACCAGCACAAGAGGAGCUAAAGACACCGUGAAGCAUCUGCACAACACUUCUGUCAUGGGCAACAUCAUUCACGCUCAACUCGACAUAAAAGGCCAGCAGAGGCAGAAGUAUUACGACCUGAUAGUGAAUGGGUCCUACACCCCUCAGACGGUGCCCCUCGGAGGCAAGGCUUUAACUGAGAGGAUCCAGCCAGCGACCCCAACACAGCCGCAGCCUGAUACAUCAUCAGAAAUCAGGCGGAGGCUCUCAAGUGAGCUUGCAGUUUUGGCAGCAGGGGUCCAGGCCCUGACAUCAGGCAGCAUCACCCCUUGCUCGGCAGAUACCGGCUUCAGUGAGCAGCGUCUAGACACUCCUCCCUCCUCCAUGUCUGGCCCCUUCACCCCAGGCUCCUCUGCUUCAUCUCAGGGUGGAGGAACGCCGUACAGCUCCAGGCAUGCUGGCUACAACACUGGCACUGUGGGCAGCGGGUACCCUCUCCAGGACAUGCUUCCUUCCUCUUCCUCGUCUUCUGCAGUCUCAUCUACUGUAGGAUACAAAGCGCCUCGCUACCCUGAGGACGCACAGGACCCUGCAGUGUAUCAUCGAGGUCGCCCCAUGUACCCCCCAACCCAAUCGUACCGUUCUAAUGAGCCACCAUGCUACCCCCCGUACCCCAGUGUUGGAGGGCCGGGUCCGGGGCCAGGGCCAGGACCAGGACCAGGCCCAGGCCCAGGCCCAGGGCCACACGUCGGGCACCACUCCUCAAUGCCACCACCACCUCUUGCCACUCAGUAUGAUCAGCCCCCGAUGUCAGACAGGGAGCUGGAGCGGGACAGAGACUCAGGGGGCCGUUAUGGGGCCGGGGCGAUCGGCUCCAGAAGGUCAUCUUACCACCACCAGCAGCAAGACACAAACUCUUCCUCAAAGUACCAUUCCCAUCACUCCCAUCAUCACUCAGAACGCAGGGAUGAGAGGGGGUACCGGCGAGACAGCCUGGGCUCCCGAUCAGGUGACCACGGCCACCAGAGACACCGCAACCAUCACCAUUCACACAACCACCACAGCCGCAGGAGGAGCAGCCACGACAGGGACCGAGACAGGGACCGAGACAGAGACCGGGACAGAGACAGUGACUACUCCAACAGCUCUGACCCCAGAUACAACACAAACUCUUACCGCUCUUCCUCCAACAGCAUGUCUCCUCCGCCCUCAUCUCACUCUGCAUACUCCUCUUCCAAAGACCCUGCCCCAGCCUCUGCUCAGGGAUUGGAUGCUCCCUCUCGUGUAGGGGGCACAAGCCUCUCAGAGAGAAGCUCUCAACCUUCGGUAGGUGCUGAAAAGGACUUCAAUACCACAGGUCACCACAGUGCUCUGCCUCCGCCACCCCCACCGCCACCUCCACUCCCGCCAGCUUCAGUCAUUGCAGCGGCUGUAGCUGAGACACUCGGAACACUAGACUUCAACCAGGAUAGUCCCGCUCACGAAGAGCCUUGGACAAAGCCCAAACGCCGUCCCACCACACCGCCAGCUCCACCGAAGACGCCUCCACCUCCCCCUUCCUCCCCUCCCCUCCCAACCGUUGCUUCCUCCUCAACUUCGCCUUCAUCAGCUUCCCUCCCUCAACACCUUCCCUCCUCCUCCAGCUCUCCGCCUCCUCUUCCUCAACGUGACUCUUCCUCCCCAGAGCCAGAUUCCACCAAUGAGAGCUUACCGUUCGUUUAUCACAGCAGCAGCCUUGACUCUCGUAUUGAGAUGCUCCUGAAGGAACAAAAGGCUAAAUUUUCUUUCUUGGCCUCUGACGAGGAAGAGGAGGAAGAUCGGAAAGAGGAGAAACAGAGGGGCAUUCGUGGGGAUGGAGGAGAGAGAAAAGGAGGGGCAGGUGAUGCAGCAGGUGGUAAUCAGGUGGACGAUGGUGGAGAGAAGGACCAGAGGAGGAAAGGUGAAAGAGACAGCAAUAGAGGAAGGAAACGUGGGAAGGGUGGAGAAGGUAGGAAGAGUCCCACUGCUCUUACACCAUCAACACCUACCUCUUCCUCCUACUCGACCCACAUCCUGCCCCCAGAAGAACCACAGCCCCAGGUCGGCCUCACUGGAGCCGGAGCUCUGCAGGAGGAUUCUUCACAAGCUGGAUCUGCUGACACACAGAGCAGGACCGGAGCACACACGCCACCUUACAACGGAAAGAGUCAGUCCUCCCCUCAUUCCUCAGGUGAAGACAUGGAGAUCUCAGAAGAAGAAGAGGAGGAGACCACCAUAACAACGGCGGUCUCUCUCCAGCCCACAGUCACCUCAGGUUCCUCGCCCUCUUCCUCCCAGGCUGCCAUGCCAUCGCAAACAACGGACCCCUCGUCCUCCCCCCAGCCUCUCUCUGACUCAACACAGCACUUUGGCACCUCGAUGCAUCCUCCCAUACCUUCCUACCCUCCUCAUUUGCCCCCUCCACCUCCCCCUGGUUACUCCCUUCAGCCCCCACCUCCUCCUGGGAUCCCUCCCCUCUCUCACAUGGAGCUGCAUCCUGAGUACCCCCCUCCCAUUCCCCACCACAUGUAUGACUAUGCCACCUCCAUGGAGCUGAUGAACCAGUACAGUGGGGGAGCUCCCAUGUCCUUCCAGAUGCAGACCCACAUGCUAAGCCGCCUACACCAGUUGCGCAUGUCGUCAUCCAACGGCACCCCAGGUCCUGGUGAGGCAGCGACGGCAGACUACAGCUCCUACCAUCUCCACCCUAUGCCUCCACCCCACACACACCACCCGUACAUGGACCAAGAGGGUAGCGGGGCGAGCUCUCAUUAUGACCAGGACCAUCGUUACAUGCCCCCCCACAUGCCUUACGCCUACCCUGACCCCCACAGCACUCAGAUACCACCGCCUCCACACCAUGGAAUACCCCCUCCACAUUCUGGAUGGCCGCCACACGUCUUACAGCCACACUACCCCUCUUACAUGCCCCCGCCUGGCUAUGGCACCAUGCUGCCUGGAGAUGGAGGCGAAUACAGGGCGCAAGGUGAGGAGAUGCCAAUACUGGUUGAGACUCCAAACGAGGCCACGGUGCAGAUGGUCCUGGCGACUCUGAUCCAGGAGAUGAAGAAUAUCAUGCAGAGGGACCUGAACCGGAAGAUGGUGGAGAAUGUUGCUUUUGCAACUUUUGAUGAAUGGUGGGAAAGGAAAGAAACCAAGGCCAAGCCUUUCCAGACAAUGGUUAGAGGGGUGUCUGCCUUACGGGACGACGAGAAGAAAGAGGAAAAGGUCAACCGUCCUCGGGAGCCUCUUACGUCAUUGGUAGAUUGGGCAAAGAGCGGUGGCGUGGAGGGAUUCUCUCUCCGAGGAGCCCUACGACUGCCUUCUUUCAAAGUGAAGAGGAAAGAACCUCAAGAGCUCCAAGAGGGAGACAUGAAAAGGCCGCGUCCUUCAACCCCACCAGACGAGGAUGACGAAGCCACUGAAGGAAGGAUUCCAGAGGCAGACAGGCGGGGAGCUGAGAGGGACAACAAGAGGAGGAAGAAGAAGCCAAGAAGUCGUAAACCCUGGGAGCUCGGCAGUGAGGGUGAAGAAACCUCCGACGGGUCCUCGACAGAGAAGGAGGAUGAAGAAGAGAGCGAGAAGGAGUCUGACGACGAUGCCCUUAGUGCCGAUAGUGACGAUGAGAGCCUCUCCUCAUCCUCUGAGGGCUCUUCCUCUUCAGCAUCCUCCUCUUCAUCUUCCUCUGAAGAUGAGGAUGAAGGAGAGAGGCCAGUGCUUGAAGGGCUAGACUCCAUGGAUGAGUCGACCAUGGACAGCACAAUCGAGAAACAUGACAGGGAAAACAACACAGCAGCUGUUCCAAAGACUGAGGUCAAAGCAGGUGAUUCCAAGGACAGCAAGGCAGAUACAGCAUCAGCACCCACCAAGCGUCCUUCGUCACCCCCGUACCCACGUCCCUCGUCGCCUAUUGUUCUUGUACCCCCUCUCAAGAAACGCAGGAAGACCGUUUCAUUCUCCACGGGCGAGAGCGACGGCAAAUCUCAGCUGCCGACGGCCCCACUGUCUCCAUCUCCCUCACCGGUGGCGGGUGAAUCUCCCCUCGUCUCCCCGAGCAGGCCUUCAGACUCUCCCAUCAUUUCUUCCACAACCCCCACAGCUCGUGGCACUCAGGGCAUCCAACUGCUCCCCUUUGCCUCCAAACCGGGUGAAGGUAAUGCCCUCAUUGUGCCGCCACCAGGACGAAUCCAAGAUUCUGAUGAGUUCAAAAAGGGACCACCCAUAUCUCCUCAGACCACCCCCAUCAAAUCCCCUGGAAAACGAGGUGUAGGCAAAGAGUCCCCCAAAUCUCCCGCCCCUGUUAUGGUGUGCAGAACUGUGCAGAAUCUGCCCUUGGACCAUGCCUCUAUGUGCAGGAUGGCCUUCGAGGAGGCCCCCCCUCCACCUCCCGUCAACAAGCGGUCCAGAGGCAGGCCUCGGACUACCAGUCUCUCGGCUUCCUCCCUCAGAGAGGAAGAGGAUGAGGAUGAAAAUGAGCAGAGGUUUAAACUCAGAGAGCAGCUUGGGGCAUCGAGCCUACUGCAGCUGGCUGCAGCUUCAACCACCGACCUGUCUGUGCUGGCUGAUGUAGCCCUGAAAAUGGACCCUGAUGCUGGGGACUCGGAGGAGACGGAGACGUCUGAUGAGGCAGAGGAGCAGAAGAUGGAGGAGGAUCUGUUCUCAUCAGGGUCAUUGUCUCUGAUAAUGAGCCCAGAGGGUAUCAUUGUCCUUAUGGAACACAACUACUGCAAAGCCCUUGUUCUCACAGUACCAACAGGUACAAAAAGGACUUCCUCCAAACAAGACUCCUCAGUCUUACUCCCUGCAGACCUCAACACCAUUUCUGGGGUGCUUGAAGCGCCAGAGGAGGUCAUUGGAGAUGCACUACAAUCUAGGGGGGAUACAGGAGAAGUUGUACCAGCAAUGGGGGUCCUGUGUGAGUCUGGGGAUGCAGGUCAGACUGCAGCUUUGUCUCCAUCAUCAAAGAAGACCAAGGUUGGAAAGGGAUUCGAACCUGAGAAGGACAAGAGCAAAAAAAGGAGAAGAAAAGACAAAGAGAACGUCGAGGUUGAUCGCUCUAAAAAGCAGAAGGAGCAGCCAGGCAAGAAACAAAGGAAGCGGAAACUAGAGGACUCGGAGGAAGAUGUAGACGUGGAGGAGCUUGAGUCCGGGGAGCUGUCCAGCUCAGACACAGAGGACGAGGUGAUUGAAGAGGUGAGGAAGAGCGAGCGCCUCUUCCUCCAGGAGGCCGGCAUCACAUCGUCCCAGCACUGGCCGAAGCCCAUCCCGGCGCCGGAGCAUUCAUCUGUGAAGUAUGAAAACCGCAGCGAGUUCGAGCAGAUGACCAUCCUGUACGACAUCUGGAACUCCGGUCUGGACGGGGAAGACUUGUCGUUGCUGAGGAGGACUUAUGAGAAGCUGCUUCAGGACGACCACAGCUCCGACUGGCUCAACGACACUCACUGGGUCACCCACACAAUAACCAAUUUGCCGAAUCCCCGGCGGAAAAAGAAGAACGCAGGUGGACAGCUUCGUGAGCAUGUGACCGGUUGUGCCAGGAGUGAGGGUUACUACGCCAUCAGCCGCAAGGAGAAGGACGUGUACCUGGACCUGGACCUCCCUGAACAGGUCAUGCGGGAGGUGGAGAAUGUCGACUCAUCGGGAGCGAACCGGCUGCUAUCAGAGAGGCGUUCAGAGCAGCGCCGCCUCCUCACCGUCAUCGGAGCCACGGCCGUCAUGGACUCUGACCUGCUCAAACUCAACCAGCUUAAGUUUCGUAAGAAGAAGCUUCGGUUUGGUCGCAGUAGGAUCCACGAGUGGGGCCUGUUUGCUAUGGAGCCUAUUGCUGCUGAUGAGAUGGUCAUCGAGUAUGUGGGUCAAAACAUCAGACAGAUGGUAGCGGACAAUCGAGAGAAGCGGUACGCUCAGCAGGGCAUUGGGAGCAGCUACUUGUUCCGAGUGGACCACGACACGAUUAUAGAUGCCACCAAGUGUGGAAACCUCGCCCGGUUCAUCAACCACUGCUGCACUCCAAAUUGCUACGCCAAGGUCAUCACCAUAGAGUCCCAGAAAAAGAUCGUGAUCUACUCCAAGCAGGCCAUCGCCGUCAACGAGGAGAUCACUUAUGAUUACAAAUUCCCCCUGGAGGACAACAAGAUCCCUUGCCUGUGUGGAACAGAGAACUGUCGUGGAACAUUGAACUAGCAGACAUGUUUCUCUCUCUCUGUCACUUGCCAACGGUCAGCCAGACCCCCUCCAUGACCCUCCACCACUCCUCCAGAUGGUCUCACAGUUGUCCUUACAGUACCCAGGAAACCAAGACACACACUUGCACUUUUCAUGCACACUUUUUUUUCCAUUCUCUUGGCAGUUUCAUAAGCCGCUGUGUGGGGGUUUCUUAUCAGCUGGUAGUAAAGGCUAUGAGGAGGGCCUCUGUUUCACCAUCAGCUCUUCCGUGGCAGUAUUGUUCGACUUGAUGGGUAAUAAGUUCUCCAACAGAGUAGGUCCAUGCAGCUUGGCACGUAAAGGUCUUUCUAUCCCCAUGCCAGUAUCUGUGACGAAACACAAUGAAGUCAGAACAAUAACAGUUGUUUUUUUUAAUAAUCAAGUCAGCUCACGUAAUCCACCCCCUAGGUCUUUCUUUCAGAGCCCAAACUCCCCUCCCCGCCCGCCCCCCCCCCCCCUGCAGCCCUCGAUCCACACAGAUCUGCACACUGACGCACAGGACUACAGACAAAUUCAGGGUUUUUAAAAAUCGCUUGUUAAGGGCGCACUUUUAAGACGAAAAACUUCAAUUUGGUCUUCAGUUAUGCAAGAUUUCAAAGUGUGAAGAUUGUUUUUGAGCGUUUCUUUUUUUUAAUUUAAUUUCAUAGUAUUAUGUAUUAAUAUUACUCUUGCUGUUAUCAGUGAUAUUUAGUUGCAUUAGCUGUAAGUAUCUAACAGUGAGAUAAGCUUCACUAAACCCACCCACUGCCUUCAGUGGCUCGUGAAUCACCAGCCCUAUAAAAACUGACAUUACCCCUCUCCACUGUGCGUUACUCCCCUGAUUCUCCACAACCUUCUGUCUGGAUGAGUCCUUUUGAGAUAUUGUUUUUAACCCCAACAUGAAGAUAUUAAGUUGUAGCCGUUUUGUUUUUACAUGGCUGCUGGAUUCCACUGCAGGAGUUUCAUCUUUGAGUUCCCCCUGAGUUUUAAGGUUUUGUAUUCAGGUCCCAAGUGUUUGUCUGUAGGCUCUCUCUGUCUGUCUGUCUGUCUGUCUGUCUGUCUGUCUGUCUGUCUGUCUGUCUGUCUGUCCAUGUUUAAUUGUUCUUUCCAUAUUGACUUCUUUGGUUUCAACCAGCAAAUGUUUGAUAUAUAUUUCAGUAGAUUUCAAGCCGCAAAGUUCUUCUUUCAUUAACCGUUCAAGCAAAAACAUCACAAAGCUCCUGCAGGUCCACUGACAAUGUGCAGUCAAUGUUUAACUUCAUGAGUCCAUGUGCUACAAGUGUUUUUAAAAGCACGUCUUUUUAAGGGAUCAGGUCUCUUUAAAGGUUUAGUUUAGUGGCGUUUCUCUUUUCCUCCAUGUUUUAUGAGUCUCCAACGAUGAAAUAGUGUUUCUUUUAUUUGAUUUUGGAGUCAUUCACCACACGCAAAGCAUCCCCCACUGAACAAUGUGUCAGCUUCAGGCAAACAAAUGCCCUUCUUUGGUUCUGUUUGCAGUUUUCGAUGGUUGGAAGGUAUUUUCGGGUUGUCGGCAGGUUUUUUGAGACGCUCCGGACAGAGGGAUUACAAUCGGCCCCUCGCGUUGUCUGUCUGUUUUUCUCGUGGCUCUGGCCGUCCAAAGUUCCAACUGUCAUGUCGACGAGCAGAAGUCUCCUUUAUUUUGAUCUCACCCCAAACAGGAAAAUGUGUAUAAAAUAUUUUUUUUGUUGCAAUGAAAGCCUUUCAGUACAAACCAACCCUAUUGACAGCAGGAUAAAAAGAUGAAAGGAAAAAAAAUUCAAAGUACAUGUAAAUAUUGUAGAGGUGUUUGUUUCUCGUAGAAACACACUGAUUUCAGGCUGUAAAUAUGUUGUUCCUUUCCCUCUCGCCAUGAGGAGGAAACAUGUACAUACCUUCCAUUCAUUUAUUUUUUAUUGUUUCUCCCUUUAAUUUGAUGAUUAUUUUAAUAUUAUUUGAAAUAUUUCUCUUGUAUUAAUGCGUUGGACCCUUUAUUAAUGGUGCAUUAAAAUAUUUUUUAAAUAA